GUAAUAGGUGGCGCAUUUUAAUGAAAACCGGGAGACUGUUAAUGUGAUCCAUGUUACGAAAAUUUUAGUUAUAUUCUUGGAAUGUAAGCAUAACUAUGUGAUAAAAGUUUGAUUACAGGAGUACAUACUUGGUAGUUUACACAAUUUGGUAAUUUGGUUGCUGAGAAUUUGAUACUCAAUUUUUUUAAAGUGAAUUUUAAAACUUCAUAAUGAAAGAAAUCAUCACGUGGAUAAAGGCGUUGGUUGUGGUUACUACCAUUUCAAUCACGAUGGCGCAUCCUACUUCCGAAGAGCCAGCCAGAAAUGGAAAAGAUGUUUCACCAGUUAUGCAAAGUUUACUCACUGAUAUAGCAAGAGAACUAAUAUCUCGAUCGACAUCCAGUAAUCAAGUACUGACGUUGAACUUCGCCAAUAUGCUCAUCUUGUUAGUACUGAAAGGACUUCUGUGGGGAGCUUCAUACGCGGGAACUGCAGCCGGUUACCCAAAAGGCAGAAGCGAAGAUGAGACACCAGAACCACUUAUUACAGAAACCGAAAUACUGCUAUUAUUGAGUUAUCUAAUGGGCGACGAUGAAAAUAAUUUCGACUGUUUACACAGAAUAGCUUGCGAAGAUCCAUUCAAAGCAAGAGAAUAUAUGAAUGCUGGUCACAUUGUUAUGAACGCAGCCAAGUUUAUAGGAUUAAACAAUGCUAGCGAUCAAAAAUAUUCGAAAAUGCUGAAUCAGCUACAAGAGGUGAUAAAAUAUAAAGAAAACGGUGGAAUUUGCGAAAGGAGAUAUUCAUGCAAUCAAAAUGAAAAUGAAAACACAAUUUGAUACUCUAUGCAUUCUUUUCAUAAAAUGAAAAGAUCGACGAACUGGCGUAACUAAUACGUCAUCAAUUAUUUUUUUUCGUUUUUAGAAAAAAAUCAAUUUAUGUUUUUUGAAUCAAAAUAUAGAAUAAAUAGGUAGAUAAUUGUUA